UCUUCACUCAAGAAAAUUCUGAAGGAAAUUAACACAUGUCACCCAAAUUAUUAUAAGCUCCCCCCCUUUAGGUAGAACGUAGUGAACAUAAGAAAAGAACACAAUGCCCCCCUCUGAAAUUGCUUUUCCUCUGCUUCUAUUCUCACCCAAAACUCGUCUUAAAAAGACCCUUAUACACAAAUACUAUAGAGCUAUGAAGUUUACAAAAAGAAAUAUCAUACCACUUCUUGUUUUCAUCUUAUCAUUUGCUUCCAUCCUCAGACUUGUCAAGAUUUCUGUAAUUACUUCAUAUUCCUCUCCAAUUUUUUUUGCCUUAUCUCCAGCUGAACAACACCCUCAUCUCCUCACAGAGAAAGAAAUCAAGUUUCUAUAUAAUCUUGUAUCGCGAAAAUCCCCCUGCAAUAUUCUUGUUUUCGGGCUUGAAACACAAUAUUCUGCUCAAAUUUCAACCAUCAACAAGGGUGGAAUUACUGUCUUUCUCGAGGACAAGCCCGAAAAAAUCAAGACUAUUAAUGCCACAGAUCAUGCUAAUACUAUUCGAAUUUAUAAAGUCGAGUAUCAAACAGUUGCUAGAGAUGCAUACAAGCUUUUAAAGCAUGCUAGGCGAAACCAAAAAAAUUGCUACUCACAAGAUUCGCAAAGGUGCAAAUUUAUGUCACUUGUGACAAAUAUGCCUAAGGAAGUAUAUGAAGUGAAGUGGGAUUUAGUGAUUGUAGAUGGACCAGAAGGACAUAAACCAGAAUCACAGGGACGAAUGGCUGCAAUUUAUCUUGCUAGUGUGUUAGCAAGAAGAAGCAAGAAGAAAAAUGGGACUCAUGUUUUGGUACAUGAUGUUGAUCGAAUGAUUGAGAAAUGGUUUUCUUGGGAAUUUUUAUGUGACAUGAAUUUGGUUUCUUCUAAAGGGAAAUUCUGGGAUUUUAAUAUAUUAACAAAACCAAAUACCACCACAUUUUGUCCCACGUAAUUGAACAUAGUAUGCUAUUGUAGAAGAAUGUUUUUGAUUUAGGCAUAUAGCUUAUGUUUAUUUCAUUAUUGUAAAUUUGAUGAUCCUCUCGCCCUUUAGUAAAUACUGAGUAAAUUCUAUUUGA